AUGGCUUCAUCCCCAACAUCAGAUCGGGCCGCCCAUCGCGUACAGAAAGAAUAUCUUGGUGAAAUCUCGGCGCUGGCCGAUGUCCUCUUCCGGACCAAAGAUGCAGCAGCCAGGACGGUUGAAGACCACGUGGCUCCUCUUUCUGAUCCGGUACAAUUCCCCCAGGUUAUCAUUGACGAUUGCAUGAAGGAUCUCGAUAGCCUCCGCCUUGAGCUUGUGACACCUUGGCAAGGUGUCUUUGGGCCGAUCGGAGAAGUGGCUUUACGGAAGCAUAUGGAAGAGCUUGUGCCAUUACGCGGUCUAUUUUCCGAGUUCCUUAGUGUAGCAGAAACUUUGACAGUAUUGCCGGCUAUGCAUCGCAAAGUGGAAAAUCUGAACCUCGAGCAGAACAGUGAUGUUGUUCUUUCGGCCCAAACCGUCGUUCUUGUCAUCGACGGACCCGAUGAAAUGGAAAGCCCGCCGGUGCUGAAAAGUAUUUUGGCGUCUUUUAUCAAGUCAAACUGCAGAAUGAUGGUUACUAGUAGGGAAAUACCCGAAAUACGGGCUGCUCUGUCCCUGGCGUCGAUCCAGGAGGUCUUUUCGGUCCCAGGCGACCUCAGGACACAUCUUUAUCCUGGGACAGGUGUUGGUCAACCAAAUCUUGGAGCUUACAACAGUCAAGGAAAUGCGAAAAGCUCUGAAAUCAUAUUCAACAGCUCGAGGCCGCCUUUGAAGCGACGAUGGAAAGAAUCUCGACACAGCCAAAGUCUCGGUAGUGCAUUGGCUCAUCGCGUACUCAGCUGGGUUGCCUCUACCGAACGACCACUCCUAGCAUCCGAGCUAAUUCAUGGCUUGGCAGUUGAUCAGAAGGCAAAGCCCAUAGACGAUGAGGACAUGGUGUCUGGGGUCGAGCCACACGACCAUGAUCAGCGGUCGUCUCUUUUACACCUCGCAGCUCUGAGAAAAGACACAGGCUUCGCCGAGGCCCUCAGCCAGUGCGGAGCUGACAUGGACGCAAAGCACGUUCACAACAUGACGCCGCUCCAGCACGCUCUGGCGGACGGCUUUGAAGAAACGGUCACGGUCUUGGUUGCAAACGGCGCCGACGUCAACCGGCGCGAGGAAAAGAUCCCAUGCCUUAUCGACGCGGCCCGAUGUUCGCCGCUGGUGCUCGCGUUGGGGCGAAAGUGUGAAGAGGAGGAAAAAGUCCGCCUGGUUCGUAUGCUUCUCGAACAUGGUGCUGAUGUCAACAUUGGUAUGCGGAGAACACCCAACGUCAAGAGUGCCGAGUUUUUUCACCGCGGCUUUGGUGGUCACUUGGGCUUCGACACGGCUGGCAUGACGGCUAUGCACUACGCCGCGCAGACCAGAAACCCGGACGUCAUAAGGCUUUUGAUCGGCGCCGGUGCGAACCCCAAGGCCUUGGACGAGUUUGGGAGAACAGUUGUGCAUCACCUUGCCUAUGCGUACUCGAAACCAACGAACAAGGAGGCAGAGGACAACAGGACCGAGAGUCGCGGCCUGGAAAGUACCUCGGAUGCCCUGCUACUGCUUCUUCAAAAAUGCGGCAUGGAGUAUCUGGAUUUUGCCGUGUCGGUAGCAGAUUGUCGAAUGGCAGAGGCGCUUGCCGGCCUGGAUGCCAGGUUGCAGACCAACAUCCCGCUAAAUCCCAUGUUGCUCGAAGCUGUCAAUGAACUAGAAGCUGGUAUGGUCGAGCUGCUUCUACAACACGCCAUAAUUCGACAUGUCCACGCGAGCGGGCUAGACCCCAACAAAGAGAUCAGCGGCCGCCUACUCCACUGCCUUGCCACCUUGAUGUGCCAUACACCGCAGGCUGCGCAGGCUGCGCAGGUACUGCUGGACGUAGGGGCGGAUCCCUACAAACCUAACGAGAGAGGCAUCGAUGCUUUCCUGAUCACAGCCCUGAGCUGUAAAGAAGCCGCGCUGAAGAUCCUCCUGAACCAGGCGAGGGCCCACCCCGACGAGACUCAUUGGACUCAUCGCCUCCCUCCUCAAGAAGGCUCAACACCCGAGGAGUACAGCCCGCAAGUGCAGCAAAUCUGUGAGGCCUUAAACGCCGCGGGGCUCAUCAACAAAAAGUACACCACCGACAGGGCGUACGACACAGAAUUCGACAGAGGCACCCUACUGUAUGAAGCCACUGGUGGGAAACACGAGCUGCAUCGCUCAGGGGCGAUACCGCCAUGGUCGACAUUUUGCUGCACCCUCGACGAUGCCGACGCCAACAUCCUCGACAGCGAAAACCGCAGCCCACUGCACCUCGCGUACCCGCAGGCCGCUCUGGGACGGACGCAAUCGCUGCCGAGGGAAUUCGACAACGACAGGCCGUCGGGGCUAUGGGUCGGGGAGCGGUGGCGGGCCACACCGCUUUACGUAGCCGCCAUGAAGGGGAACACCGACGUGGUGCGGCUGAUUGUCGGCACGGUCCAGCAGAGCACGGAUGUGGAUAUUGGGGUUUUGGUUCGUCUGCGGACCGACGACGGAUCGACGGGUCGUCAAGCCAGAGGCGCAGGGCCCACGGCGCUGCACAUGGUGCUGGAUACUGGCGUGUUUUAUGGUCUGUGUGCCGAGCCCCUGUCGGGAGCUAGAAUGGAGAUUGCUAGGAUGUUGAUGGAUCACGGAGCCGAUGUGGCGGGCGUGGCGGAUCAUCUGUGA